UGUUACCUGGUGACAGUGCCUGGCAGUGACAUUUAAUGGAAAAUUUUUUUCUUCUCUUGAUCCUUGAUGGGGCCCACCUGCAUCCAGGCUUACCCUUGGCCACGUGCUUUCUGGGACGCCUCCGCGGGGCCAAGUUUCCCAUUUACUCCGCGGUGCAGCUGCUGCCUGCUUUCCGUGCCUCUGGAGUCACGUACACUCUCUAUUAUGACAACCUACAGAAGUAUACAGGUGGGAACCUGACAAUGACUGGCCCCAAGGAGACAGCCUCCAUCUUUGCCACCUACCUUGCUCCCUAUCUGUCCCUGAGCAAUGGCUUCUUGAAUCAGGUUCUGGGCACCAGGAUGCUGAUUGUGGGCAUCUUGGCCAUACUGGACACAUGGAACAAGGGAGUGCGCGGUCUGGAGCUAGUGGUAGUGGGGUUGCUGAUCCUUGCCAUCAGGCUAUCCAUGGGUGCCAACUGUGGGUUCCCAAUCAACCCUGCACAGGACCUGGGCCCACGGCUUUUCACCUAUGUGGCUGGCUGGGGCCCUGAAGUGUUCAGGUGGGAGAUGGCCUCCCCUGGUGCUGUCCUUCCACUCACAUUCCUCUGCUAAGGGCUCUGACCCCAGAUCCCCAGCUCUCUCCUCUUAAAUACUUCUCUUGGCCUCUUAGGACAGUGUCCCUCCUCUAAGCCCCAGUUCUCCCUUUCUCUCUUGUCUCCUCUC